UCCGUGACAGUAUAGUGGUUGUGUCCUUGCGCGCGCGCACUACACAGAUGUAUAUACAGCUCGUGUUAUAUGUCCCGUCAGUGCGACUGCCGACACCGAGCCCUCAACUACUCGAUAUGAAACUCCUCCUCAUCUCAACCCUCGUGGCGUUCGCCGCUGCCGACGUCUCCCAUAUCCUGGCACCUGCCUCCAAGGAUGCUGCUGCCGUCAUAGUGCGCCAGGAGUUGGACGUGGGGGUGGAAGGCCAGUACCAGUGGGCUAUUGAGACUGACAACGGCAUCACAGCCAGCGAGAGCGGGGCGCUGAAGAAUGUUGGAGCCGAGACACCAGCUGAGGUAGUUCAGGGUGCAGCGGGCUGGACAUCCCCCGAGGGAGAGGUCAUCAGCCUACAGUAUGUAGCUGACGAAAACGGAUACCAGCCACAGGGCUCCCACCUCCCCACCCCUCCUCCCAUCCCGGAGGCCAUCAUCCGCGCUCUACAGUACAUCAAGGACCAUCCCCCCAAGGUCGAGAACUAAGUAAUUAAUAUGUAAGAUAAUAUAUCUACUAGACAUCCCUCUUUUUAAGUUAAAGAUGGCAAUUUGAUGUUACAGGAGGUACUUUUUUGUUACAGAUGACAUGUUAUUUGUAACAGAGGACAUGCUAUUUUUAACAGAUGACUGAUUUUUGGAAUAGAUGACAUGUUAUUUGUAACAGAUGACAUGUUCUUUGUAACAAAUAACAUGUUGUUUGUAACCGAUGACAUGUUCUUUGUAACAGAUGACUUGUUAUUUGUAACAGAUGACACGUUCUUUGUAACAGAUGACACGUUCUUUGUAACAAACGACAUGUUUUCGUAACAGAUGAUAUGUUAUUUGUAACAGAUGACAUGUUUUUUGUAACAGAUGACAUGCCUUCUUUGGUAGAUGACAUGUUUUUGUUACAGAUGACAUGUUAUUUGUAAUAGAUGGCAAGUUAUUUGUCACAGAUGAUACGUUUAUAGGCAUAAAUGACGCCUGUAAGUAAAUUUUUAUACUUAAGGGUGAGCCAUCUAACUAUUGCGUUACACAGACCAUAACCAGUCGUGAAAUUGCUCAUUUGCCAAAUCGGCGAUUUUACAACUAAAAAUGGUUUGGUUAUCGUUAUAGUAAAAUGGUGCAACUGACGAUUAAGUUGACAUAUUACACUUUUGUAGUCAUAGGUGACAAUUUUAAGUCGUGGGUGACACAACUAUCAAUAUUGGUUAAAAAUGUAUGAGAAAGUUGUAUUUUCGCUAUCUCUUUCACACGCAAUUUAAUAGAAGAGGCGUCACAAGUCUAUCUUUCUCUUUCUUUUUUGAUAUAAAAAAGAAAGAGGAAGAUAUAUUAUGUAACUUAAAAGGGGGAUGUGUAAAUUAGAUAUGAAAAGUUAUGUUUAACUAGUUUAAGUUUAUAAAAAUACUCGUUUUUCUUAUAAUUAUUGUACUGUGAUAAGAAUAUUACGUUAUUGUAAUAAAAAUGUUUAAUAAA